AAAAAAUGGAUGGCCUCAAAUUCGAAGCGAACCGUCUCCACAUAUUUUACACCAACUUCCUGCCCGCCAUCUGGAUAUCGUCGUCGUUCUCUCUCUGAGUCCACUAUCUCUCUAAAAAGAUCGCUAUCUACAAAACCGAUGACCUCGUCGGGGUCAAGCAAUCCCGUGGUCGCUGAAGAAAGACCGACGGAGACGUCUACAGCGCUUCCAGAGACGACAGCGACGGUGACUUCUUUAUCGACCGAAGCUGCGGAAGCUCCGGAGAAGAAGGUGAGGAAAGCUUACACGAUCACCAAGUCAAGAGAGAGUUGGACUGAAGGAGAGCACGAUAAGUUUCUGGAAGCCCUUCAAUUGUUUGAUCGUGACUGGAAAAAAAUUGAAGAUUUUGUUGGUUCAAAGACAGUAAUUCAGAUCAGGAGCCAUGCCCAAAAAUACUUUUUGAAGGUCCAAAAAAACGGGACUUUAGCACACGUGCCACCCCCUAGGCCUAAGCGCAAAGCUGCUCAUCCAUAUCCUCAAAAGGCAUCAAAGAAUGCUCAAAUGUCGCUUCACGUUUCCAUGGCAUUUCCUACUCAAAUUGAUAAUGUGCCUGGAUAUACCUCAUGGGAUGAUGACACCUCUGCAUUGCUAAACAUAGCCGUAAGCGAGGUUGUUCUACCACAAGAUGAACUUGGUACUCUUUGUGGAGGAGAAGGCAAGCAUUAUCAUUUGUACUCGAUCUAUUUUGUAUUUUGGUUGCUCCAUCUGAUGAAGGUUCAUAUGCUAAAUGCAGCUUCCGAUGUUAUUGUUUCAGAUGUUAUUGAAUCGAACGGCACAACAAGUGCGAGUAGUCCUUCAGCAUCUGGUGUAGGAAGCACAAACAGAACACUAUCAGAUUCCAAGGGUUUAAGACCGGCGAAUCAAGUUCCCUCAAUGCACGGUCUUCCUGAUUUUGCUGAAGUUUAUAACUUCAUUGGGAGUGUCUUCGAUCCUGACAGCAAAGGCCGCAUGAAAAAGCUCAAGGAAAUGGAUCCUAUAAAUUUCGAAACUGUACUACUAUUGAUGAGAAACCUCACAGUGAACUUGUCAAACCCUGACUUCGAACCUGCUAGGAAGGUCCUGAACACGUAAGCUCGUAGCUGUUAGUGCGGGAUCCGUGGUCAAGAACCAAACAAGUGAUGUAUGUAUCUUCUUUAGGACUUCUUGCUCACAACAACUGUCUAUCAGAAUGCUGCUUCCGGUUGUUGUCUGAGGAGAACAUUAUUGAACAAGAGGGGAACAUGGCAGUUUCGGUCAGAACCAGUUUGGUGAACGGUAGAUAUUUGUCGAUGUGUGUGUGUAUGUAGUAGAAAAAUGGUUACCCAAUAGCAAUUCUAUUUUUCUUUUUGACAUGUAUUUGUUCAUGUGUUUUGUAAUUUGUAGUUUCUACGAUUGAAUUUUUUUGAUCAUCUAUUGAAAACCAAAACCGAUGUAACAACCUAGCAAGUGUUACUAAACUGCAUAGAUAAUUCUGUUGUGUUGUAUUUGAGUAUUUGUAUAAACGUCAACUUCAAUAUUUUGUCUCGAGCAUUUCUAUUAUCUACUGUAUAA